AGACAGCGCCACUACGAUUCCGACAACAACAAGAAGAAGCUCUUACAGUCAUAUGAUCGAUUCGUGAUUAACACUGCAUAAAUUUUUUGUAAGUUCUUUGAAAAAAUGGCAAGCCAGACCCAGGGAAUUCAACAAUUAUUAGCUGCUGAAAAAAAGGCCGCUGAUAAAGUUGCUGAAGCAAGAAAACGCAAAGCACGCAGGUUGAAGCAGGCUAAAGAAGAAGCUCAAGAUGAAAUUGAAAAAUAUCGACAGGAACGAGAGAAACAGUUUAAAGAAUUUGAAGCAAAGCAUAUGGGUUCCAAAGAAGGUGUCGCAGCUCGUAUCGAAGCCGACACAAAAAUCAAAAUUGAAGAAAUGAACAAACAAGUAUCAGCUCACAAGGAUAUAGUAAUCCAAAAAAUACUAGAAUUGGUAUACAACAUCAAACCUAGUUUACACGCGAACUAUCGCGUUGAAGCUUAGAGCUACAGCAAGUCUCCAUAAAUAAUUAAUAAUAUAUUAUUAAUUAUAAAUAUCCUAUAUAUAUAUUAAAAGAAAAAAAUAUUAUAUAAGUGUAAAUUAAACAAUGUCUAUGUGUAUCUUAUAUCUCUACAAUGUUACAUUCUUGCUAAAGUGUAUUUGAAAAUAAUUAUUUACUAAUUAGCUCUAGAGUUUAGACAGUGAUACUCAAACCUUUAGAAGUAAAAUGAAAAUAUUAUCACUGUAUUUAUACGGUGAUAUAUCUAAGUCUUUUUGACAAUAAACACGAUAUUACAAAUAUCCAAAUAUCAUUGCUCUUUUGCGAGUUAUUUUCAUGAAAUAGGCUUUUAGUUUGAGAAUUACUGGUAUACUUUAAAAAUAAUUAUGUAAAAUAUUGAUAAUGAUGAUGUAUCAUCUUAAUAUAUCCAGGCCUAGAUAUAUUGAAAUGAUAUAUACAGAAUUAUAUAAAAUUAAUGUUUUAGGGUGGUGGCUAUAAAUCUCAUAAUACUAGAUUGCUACUAGGCUUCAUUCCAUAUUUCUGUAAUAUCGAGGACUAUAAAUAUUAAAAAAGAAAUCAAGUACAACCUCUCGAGAUUUUCGUAACAGCUCCCAUUUUAUUGGAAAUCUCGCGACGAUGUACGAACUUUCAUUCAAUUCACUGUACGUUUGUUCUUAUUAUAUGAAUUAAUAAUUCUCUUCAUUUAUUUUACAAAAAUUCAAAGAAAGAUUCAAACAUAUUAAAAGUGUUAAUUGUAGAGCUGAGCUGCCUGUACAGUAUUAGUGUUGAAAGUAAAAUAAAUAUGAAUAAAAUACACACCAGA